CCUGUACAUAACUUCCAACCCUCGCUGACUCUUGCACUCGUAACUGAUCGCGCGCGCUGAUCCCCACCGCGGCAUCUCGACAUCUAGCGAUGGCAGGGGUCCUCCUCGCACGUUCCUCCUCCCGCCUCACCUCCUCCUCCCCGCUCUCCGCGUCCGGCGCAUACCUCCUGUCCUCGAUCUCUCCCUCCUCUCGUCCGCCGCUGCCCUCCAAUCCUGUCCCCCGAUCUCACCUCUCGGAUGGGCGGUCACCGAUCAGCCACCGCGCCCUUGUCCGCUCCUACGCCGCCGUCGCCUACCGCUUCGAGCGCCGGUUCGCCACCAUGGCUACGAGGAAUUCGUAUGAGAGCAUCUUGACGACGCUGCGGAAGCCGGGAGGCGGUGAUUUCGGGAAGUAUUACAGCUUGCCUGCUCUGACUGACCCCAGGAUCGAGCGGCUUCCGUACUCGAUAAGGAUUCUGCUGGAAUCGGCGAUUCGGAACUGUGAUGAGUUCCAGGUGACCGGGAAAGAUGUGGAGAAGAUUCUGGACUGGGAGAAUACCGCGCCUAAGCAAGUCGAGAUUCCCUUCAAGCCCGCUCGCGUUCUGCUUCAGGAUUUCACUGGUGUUCCAGCUGUAGUUGAUCUUGCGUGCAUGAGAGAUGCUAUGAAGAAGCUCGGAAGUGAUCCAAAUAAAAUCAAUCCAUUAGUUCCUGUGGAUCUCGUUAUUGAUCACUCAGUUCAGGUUGAUGUGGCAAGAUCAGAAAACGCUCUGCAGGCUAACAUGGAACUUGAAUUCCAUCGUAAUAAGGAAAGAUUUGGUUUUCUGAAGUGGGGUUCCAGUGCUUUCCAUAACAUGCUUGGGGUUCCACCAGGGUCUGGUAUUGUUCACCAGGUAAAUUUAGAAUAUCUUGGUCGUGUUGUUUUUAACAGUGGAGGUAUGCUCUACCCUGACAGUGUGGUUGGCACUGAUUCGCACACGACAAUGAUAGAUGGAUUAGGUGUUGCUGGCUGGGGUGUUGGUGGAAUAGAAGCAGAAGCUGCAAUGCUUGGCCAGGCGAUGAGUAUGGUGCUGCCUGGAGUUGUUGGUUUCAAACUUACUGGGAAAUUGAGGAAUGGCGUGACAGCUACAGACUUGGUUUUGACAGUGACCCAGAUGCUUCGGAAGCAUGGUGUCGUCGGGAAGUUCGUCGAGUUCUAUGGGGAAGGCAUGAGUGGACUUUCUUUGGCGGAUCGUGCUACUAUUGCAAAUAUGUCGCCAGAAUAUGGAGCAACUAUGGGCUUCUUCCCUGUUGAUCAUGUCACACUUCAAUAUUUGAAACUGACUGGAAGAAGUGAUGAUACUGUGGCCAUGAUAGAAUCCUACUUACAGGCUAAUAAGAUGUUUGUUGACUACAGCCAGCCACAAACUGAAAGAGUGUAUUCAUCCUACUUGGAAUUGAAUCUGGGAGAUGUAGAACCAUGUGUAUCAGGACCUAAGAGGCCUCAUGAUCGAGUUCCUUUGAAGGAAAUGAAAGCAGAUUGGCAAUCUUGUUUGGACAACAAAGUUGGAUUCAAGGGUUUUGCUGUGCCAAAAGAGUCCCAGGACAAGAUUGCAGAAUUCUCUUUCCAUGGUACGACUACCCAGAUAAAACAUGGUGAUGUUGUCAUAGCUGCAAUUACCAGCUGCACAAACACAUCAAAUCCUAGUGUAAUGCUUGGAGCUGCUUUGGUUGCAAAAAAGGCUUGUGAGCUGGGCCUUGAGGUGAAACCAUGGAUCAAGACUAGUCUUGCUCCUGGUUCUGGAGUUGUGACCAAAUACCUAGAGAAGAGUGGUUUGCAGAAGUAUUUAAACCAGCUGGGCUUCAAUAUAGUUGGGUAUGGCUGCACUACUUGCAUUGGGAAUUCUGGAGACCUCGAUGAAGCAGUAUCAGCUGCUAUAUCUGAGAAUGACAUAGUCGCUGCUGCUGUAUUGUCUGGAAAUAGGAACUUUGAGGGUCGUGUACAUCCCUUAACCAGAGCAAAUUAUCUUGCAUCACCUCCCCUUGUGGUAGCUUAUUCUCUUGCUGGCACGGUUGACAUUGACUUUGAAAAGGAACCUAUAGGGACCUCAAAGGAUGGGAAGAAGGUUUACUUCAAGGAUAUUUGGCCUUCAAAUGAAGAGAUAGCAAAUGUAGUACAAUCUAGUGUGCUGCCAGACAUGUUCAAGAAUACAUAUGAGGCAAUAACAAAAGGGAAUCCCAUGUGGAAUCAGCUAUCAGUGCCAUCAAGUACUCUCUAUGCAUGGGAUCCUAAAUCGACAUACAUUCAUGAACCUCCCUAUUUCAAGGACACGACAAUGUCUCCUCCUGGGCCACAUCCUGUGAAAGAUGCUUAUUGCUUGCUAAACUUUGGUGAUAGUAUCACAACAGACCACAUUUCACCUGCUGGAAGCAUUCACAAGGACAGUCCUGCUGCCAAGUACUUGACAGAGCGUGGUGUUGACCCAAAAGACUUCAACUCCUACGGGAGUCGCCGUGGAAAUGAUGAGGUCAUGGCAAGGGGCACAUUUGCAAACAUCCGCCUUGUUAAUAAACUCUUGAAAGGAGAAGUUGGUCCCAAAACCAUUCACAUACCCUCAGGGGAGAAACUUUCUGUGUUUGACACAGCCAUGAGAUACAAAGAUGAAGGUCAUGAUACUAUCAUACUGGCAGGUGCAGAGUAUGGAAGCGGAAGUUCUCGUGAUUGGGCUGCAAAGGGCCCAAUGCUACAGGGUGUCAAAGCAGUGAUAGCAAAGAGCUUUGAGAGAAUCCAUCGCAGUAACCUAGUCGGCAUGGGAAUUGUCCCCUUGUGUUUUAAGCCAGGGGAAGAUGCGGAUACCCUUGGCUUGACAGGCCAUGAACGGUACACCAUCAACCUGCCGAGCAAUGUGAGUGAUAUAAAACCAGGACAAGAUGUCACAGUCACGACAGAUACUGGCAAAUUGUUCACAUGCACCGUUCGCUUUGACACUGAGGUGGAGCUAGCAUACUACGGCCAUGGUGGAAUUCUGCCAUAUGUAGUUAGGAGCUUGGUUGAUGCCAAUAACUAAUUUCGCUAACAAUGCGAGAUGCAGAGAAGCUUGAACAUUGGAGUGCUUCUAAGGUGUAAACAGCAGUGGAGAUUCAAGAAUCACCAUUGGAAAUACAGUGAAAGGAGAAGUAUAAAUGCUAUCCGUACCUAUUAAUGGUCGAACUGGUACAGAUCCAGUUAUACCGACAUAUGGUAUGGAGGAAGAAGGGAGAAGAAGGAAAGGGGCAGGAAGGAGAGAUAUGGUAUGGAGGAAUCAGACAUGGUAUGGAGGAAGAAGGGAGAAGAAGGAAAUGAGACGCAGGAGGAGAAGAAAAAGAACUGCGUUUAUUUCUUAGAACUUUCAAAACAAUGUUAAAGGGCAAAUGUGUAUGUGAUUAAUAUUAUUCAAUUUGCCAAUGACUUCAUUGUUAUAAUGACGAUGUCUAUAUUU